UUUAAUGGUUUUUUGAGAACAAUGACACCAAGGGUGCUCCGGGACUCUUGAAGAGCCUCAUAGGAGGCCAAGGGGGAUCGGAGAACUGCAGCUGAAAGGCACUGAGUGGGCAGGGAAGAGUGAGAAAAACCAACGUAGCACCUCAGAAGAGACAGACAGACAGUCAGACACACAAGGCUAAAAGAAGAGAAAAACAACAGGGUUUUGAGAGGGUUACAGACAGUAAUUUGAAACAGACACACACACUCACACAUAUAUGUAUGUGGAGAGAGUGGAGGAAGGACUGUAAGGAGAUACAGACAAGCAGCAAGAGGCAUAGAGAAAGUAACAGAAAGAAAGAAUUCAACCACUAACAGAAGCAGAGGAGACGAGACACUGAGGCAGAGCGUUUACUCUGAUGACAUAAACACCGGACAAAGAAUAAAUAUCUCAAAAACUUUGCAGGAAACUUGAAUCACUGCAACAUUCUUCCCCUGCUGGUGGUUUUAAGAAGCGCUUGUGUUUGAGGAUUACUGGGCUGCAGUAUUACUGUUUAUAAGACUGAAUGCCUGAGAAGUUCAGCGUGAGGUGAAGCUGGCCAACAAGCAGUGAUGGACGUGUUUGGUGGUGCCCCACGCUUCCUGGCAUACCCUCGCCCCUUGGUGGUGCAGAGCGGCACUGACGCCGCGCUGAAGUGUCAGAUUGCUGGGGACCCCCGGCCAGCCGUCAUCUGGGAGCGCGCCAACAAGAAGCUCCACCCUGAUGGACGUUACCGCCUCUUUGAAGACGGCAAUGUCUACAACCUUAUUAUUUCCAGAGUGGGGGCGGAGGACAGUGGGCAGUAUAUCUGCAAGGCCAAAAACAGCAUAGGGGAGACCUACGCCGCAGCUACUCUUAAGGUUGAGGGAGAGGCUCAAGAGAAGGAACUACGAGAGGAGAACAGGCCUCGCUUCCUCAUCAAGCCUCUCUCAGUUCGAGUCGGCCGAGGUGAAGAUGCCGUCUUUUCCUGCAAGCUGUGGGGCAAGCCCCGGCCGGAGAUCAUCUGGGAGAAGGACGGCAAGAAAUUGAAUGACAUUUUUGAAAGUGCUCACUUUAGCAUCGGCCACCAGGACGGGGGCUGGUUCCAGCUGAAGAUUUUCCAGACCCGGGCCCCCGAUGCAGGAGUCUACACCUGCCGGGCCAGGAAUGAGUAUGGUGAAGCGCUGGCUGGAGCAGUUUUGUUGGUGGACGCUGGGCCUGGACAUGAGGAGGAGGCAGCAACCCGUAAUGGGUAUGCCAAUGGACACUGGAAACACCAUCAGGGCAAGCGUGGUUCGAGGUUUAACGGGACUCACAAGAUCGAGGAGCCUGAGCCCAACUCAGCCAAAGUGAAAAUGUUCACAGUUUCAGAAGGCAAGCAUGCCAAGUUCCGUUGCUAUGUCACAGGGAAGCCCAAACCAGAAAUUGUGUGGAGGAAGGAUGGCAUUGUGAUAAUGUCUGGGAGGCGGUAUCUAUUGUAUGAAGAUCGGGAAGGCUACUUCACGCUGAAAGUGCUCUACUGUAAGCAGCAGGACAAUGGGCUUUAUGUCUGUGCGGCCUCCAACACAGCAGGACAGACCCUUAGUGCUGUGCAUCUCAAUGUUAAAGAGCCGACAGUACGGUUCAAGCAGCCCCUGAAUGACGUGGAGGUGCGUGAGCGAGAGCUGGCUGUGCUGGAGUGCGAGGUCUCUGUGGACACCAUUCCUACCACCUGGUACCUGGAAGAUCGGCGACUGCAACCAGGAGCAAAGUAUGGCAUUGAGCAGCGUGGUACAGUGCGCCGACUCACCAUCCGAGAUAUUGGGACAGAUGAUGAUGGAAUCUAUCUCUGUGAGAUGGCAGAUGGAGGCCGGAGUAUUGCUGAGGUGUCUGUCAGAGGUACAAUUGUGCGCAGGCUUCCAAGGAAGGUGGAUUUAUUAGAAGGGGAGAAUGCUGCUUUCUGCGUGGAGGUUAAGGAGGAAGAGAUGGACAUUCAUUGGUACAAAGAUGGACUAGAGCUUCGAGAGACACACCAAACCAUCCUCAAAUCCUUUGGCAAAACCCACAUCCUUGUUUUUGUCAAUGCAACACCCCAAGACUCCGGGAUUGUGACUUUUAUAGUGGGCAGAUCCAAGACUUCUUCCCGGCUCCGUGUCAAGGCGGUCAGGAGGUCUCCACCCAGUUGCCCGGUUGGUGUGCAGAUGAACACGGAGCGUUCGAACUCAGCGUUACUGUCCUGGGUCCCGGCACACGAUUCACGCAAGAACCCCCCCACAGGGUACGUGCUGGAGAGGCAGGAGGUGGGCUCCCAGGAGUGGCUGCAGUGCCUGACCACAGAAAUAGCCAGUGCGGUAGAAAUCCUGGGCGACAGCGUGCCCUCUGAGGCAGACUACCGGUUCCGCAUCUGCAGCGUUAACAAGUAUGGCAGGAGCGGCCACGUGGAGUUCUCGUCAGUCGUCCACCUAGUGCCAGUGGCUCGGAUAAAAACCCCUCUACAGGAUGUCCUGGUGUCUGAGGGCAAAGAUGCUAAGUUUUCCAUUGAGCUGUCCACCCUGGUGAUCGGGACCUGGUUUUUAAAUGGUUCCCAAAUCCAGGAGGAUGAAAGGUACACCAUACACCGCUCCCGUACAGAGCAUUCCCUGCGUCUCAAAGCUACGAAUCCGUCUGAUAACAGGUCUGAAAUCACCUUCAUUGCCUAUGGAGUAAGGGACUCGGCGAUGCUCUAUGUGCAACCUCCGCCAGUGAAGUUUGAGCCUCUACCAGAGAUGGACCGCAACAAAAAAAUUGAAGCAGGCAGCCCUGUUGUGCUGUACUGUGAACUGUCAGAUGCCAAUGCGCAUGUCCAUUGGUACAAGGAUGGGGUGGAGCUACACACACAAGAAGGAAUUCACGUCCAAUCAGAAGGCACCAUGAGGAGGCUGGUCAUCCAAUCAGCAGAUUUCUCUCAUUCUGGGGAGUACAGGUGUGAUGCCAUUGAUGAUGUCCUCAAAUUUAACGUGGACGUUGAAGCUCCACGGGUGAAGUUUGCAGCACUUUCGUUGAUGGACCGUCACAAAAACAUUGAAUCGGGCAGCCCCAUUGAGCUGUGCUGUGAACUGUCCAACCCCAACACUCAGGUCUGCUGGUACAAGGAUGGAACAGAGCUCCACCCACAGGAUGGGCUUGACAUCCAAUCAGAGGGCACCAAAAGGCAGCUGGUCAUCCAAUCAGCAAAAGUCUCCCACUCUGGGGUGUAUACCUGUGACGCCCUUGAUGAUGUCAUCAAAUUUAAUGUGGCUGUUGAAGCUCCACCGGUGAAGUUUGCAGCCCUGUCAGAGAUGGACCGCAACAAAAAAAUUGAAGCAGGCAGCCCUGUUGUGCUGUACUGUGAACUGUCAGAUGCCAAUGCGCAGGUCCAUUGGUACAAAGAUGGGGUGGAGCUACACACACAAGAAGGAAUUCACAUCCAAUCAGAAGGCACCACGAGGAGGUUGGUCAUCCAAUCAGCAGAUUUCUCUCAUUCUGGGGAGUACAGGUGUGAUGCCAUUGAUGACGUCCUCAAAUUUAACGUGGAUGUUGAAGCUCCACGGGUGAAGUUUGCAGCACUUUCGUUGAUGGACCGUCACAAAAACAUUGAAUCGGGCAGCCCCAUUGAGCUGUGCUGUGAACUGUCCAACCCCAACAUUCAGGUCUGCUGGUACAAGGACGGAACAGAGCUCCACCCACAGGAUGGGCUUGACAUCCAAUCAGAGGGCACCAAAAGGCAGCUGGUCAUCCAAUCAGCAAAAGUCUCCCACUCUGGGGUGUAUACCUGUGACGCCCUUGAUGAUGUCAUCAAAUUUAACGUGGUUGUUGAAGCUCCACCGGUGAAGUUUGCAGCCCUGUCAGAGAUGGACCGCUACAAAAAAAUUGAAGCAGGCAGCCCUGUUGUGCUGUACUGUGAACUGUCAGAUGCCAAUGCGCAGGUCCAUUGGUACAAAGAUGGGGUGGAGCUACACACACAAGAAGGAAUUCACAUCCAAUCAGAAGGCACCACGAGGAGGUUGGUCAUCCAAUCAGCAGAUUUCUCUCAUUCUGGGGAGUACAGGUGUGAUGCCAUUGAUGACGUCCUCAAAUUUAACGUGGAUGUUGAAGCUCCACGGGUGAAGUUUGCAGCACUUUCGUUGAUGGACCGUCACAAAAACAUUGAAUCGGGCAGCCCCAUUGAGCUGUGCUGUGAACUGUCCAACCCCAACACUCAGGUCUGCUGGUACAAGGAUGGAACAGAGCUCCACCCACAGGAUGGGCUUGACAUCCAAUCAGAGGGCACCAAAAGGCAGCUGGUCAUCCAAUCAGCAAAAGUCUCCCACCAUGGGGUGUAUAGCUGUGACACCCUUGAUGAUGUCAUCAAAUUUAACGUGGCUGUUGAAGCUCCACCGGUGAAGUUUGCAGCCCUGUCAGAGAUGGACCGCAACAAAAAAAUUGAAGCAGGCAGCCCUGUUGUGCUGUACUGUGAACUGUCAGAUGCCAAUGCGCAGGUCCAUUGGUACAAAGAUGGGGUGGAGCUACACACACAAGAAGGAAUUCACAUCCAAUCAGAAGGCACCAUGAGGAGGCUGGUCAUCCAAUCAGCAGAGGUGUCCCAUUCGGGGGUGUACUGUUGUGACACUGUUGACGAUGUCAUCAAAUUUAAUGUGGAUGUUGAAGCUCCACCGGUGAAGUUUGCAGCCCUGUCAGAGAUGGACCGUCACAAAAUCAUUGAAUCGGGCAGCCCCAUUGAGCUGUGCUGUGAACUUUCUAAUCCCAACACACUGGUCCACUGGUACAAGGAUGGAACGAAGCUCCACCCACAGGAAGGCUUUAACAUCCAAUCAGUGGGAAGCACAAGGAGGCUGGUCAUCCACUCAGCAGAGAUUUCCCACUCUGGGGUGUACAGCUGUGACGCUGUUGAUGAUGUCAUCAAAUUCAAUGUGGAUGUUGAAGCUCCACCGGUGAAGUUUGCAGCCCUGUCAGAGAUGGACCGUCACAAAAUCAUUGAAUCGGGCAGCCCCAUUGAGCUGUGCUGUGAACUUUCUAAUCCCAACACAUGGGUACGCUGGUUCAAGGAUGGAAUGGAGCUCCACCCACAGGAAGGCUUUGACAUCCAAUCAGAGGGAAGCACAAGGAGGCUGAUCAUCCACUCAGCAGAGAUUUCCCACUCUGGGCUGUAUAGCUGUGAUGCUGUUGAUGAUGUCAUCAAGUUUAUCGUGGACGUUGAAGCUCCUCCUGUGAAAUUUAACCCACUUCCUGAAGCUGACCUCCACAAAAGCAUUGUUGAGUGCUCUCCCAUUGUGCUGUACUGUGAGGUGUCUCGCCCUGAUGCGCCUGUGCGCUGGUACAAGGAUGGAAUUGAAAUCCAACCGAGAGAUGGCAUUACUGUUCAAUCUGACAACACAAUGAGGCGACUGGUUAUCCAAUCAUCAAAACUCUCAGACUCUGGGGUUUACACCUGCCACGCAGUAGAUGAUGCAAUGAUUUUUAAUGUGAACAUUCGAGAGCCACCUGCGACUGUAGUACAUCCAAGAGAGGACGUCCACCUGGAGCAUCAGGUUUCCGAACGAAUUGUGUUGAGCUGUGAGCUGUCCCGGUCCAAUGCAGCUGUACACUGGUACAAGGAUGGCCAGGAGCUUUUGGAAAGCGAUGAUGUCAUCCUGGAAUCUGAGGGACCUCACAGGAGGCUGAUUAUCCUCCAGGGACACACUGAAGAUUCUGGGGAGUAUGUUUGCGACACAGCAGAUGACUCAAUUUUCUAUCAGGUUACAGUGAUAGAACCUGCAGUCCAGAUUGUGUCUCCUAGCCAGACCCCCAUGGAGUUAGAAUUCCUCACAGAAGAUCGUGUGGUACUGAGCUGCGAGGUCUCUCGACACAAUGCAGAUGUGCGCUGGUUCCAGGAUGGGCUGGAGUUAGAGGAGACAGAAGACCUCAUCCUGGAGGCUGAAGGAAUCCACAGGAGGCUCAUUAUCCCCAAGGCUGCAGUCCAAGACUCUGCCGAAUACAUCUGUGACGCAGUUGAUGAUUCAGUGACCUUCAUGGUGAAAAUUACAGAACCACCAGUGAAAUUUGUGCGACAUCACAAAGCUCCGGGGGCUGUUAAAGUUUUCGUGGGAGACCCUGUGGUCCUGGAGUGUGAGGUCUCCCGCUCUAAUGCAAUGGUGAGCUGGUGGAAAGAGGGUCAAGAGAUGGAGGAGAGCAGAGAGGUCACCAUUGAGGAGAAUGGAGUUCUCCGGCGGCUGACCAUCCACUACCCCAAGCUAGAGGAUUCUGGGAAUUACUUUUGUGAUGCCAAAGACGAGACAAUGGAUUUUAGAGUGAAAGUUACUGAGGCACCAGUGCAGAUCAAGCGGAAAGGGGAACUGAAGACUCAGCAGCAGGUUAUGGUUUCAGAUGAUGUUGUCCUGGAGUGUGAGCUCUCUCGAGUCAAUGGGACCGUCAAGUGGUACAAAGACGGAGAGAAAAUCACAGACAAUGAGCGUGUCUGUCUGGAGGAGGAAGGGGCUUUCCGCUCGCUGGUCAUCCUGAAUGCAGAGACCUCAGACUCAGGGGAAUACUUCUGUGAUGCCUGUGAUGACAGUGUUGUUUACCAUGUCUAUGUGAAAGAGCCUCCAGUGACCAUCAUAGGAAAUUCGGACAGCCCUGAGCACCACAGUCUGAUUGCUGGUGAUGACCUUGUGUUGACCUGUGAACUCUCCCGGUCCAACGCCAUGGUGGAGUGGUACUGCAACGGGAAGCCCUUGUCCUCAGAAGACUCCCGUAUCUGCAUAGAGACCCUCGGCUCAGUACGCCAGCUGGUCAUCUCAGGCCUUCGACCCUCAGAUUCGGCUGAAUACAUCUGUGAUGCAGGCGAUGACAAAAUGGUUACCACAGUAACUGUAAAAGAGAUGCCUGUUCAAAUUCUGAACAAAGAUGAUGCGAAGGAGUCAAUUGAAGUUGUGGAAAACGAAAGUGUGACGCUGUGUGCACGGGUCUCCAAGGAAGAUGCUGUGGUGCAGUGGUUAAAGAACUGGAGGGACAUGAGCGGGGAACGCUACUGCACAAGCAGUGAUGGGAAGUCCCGCCUUUUCAGCAUUCACAAAGUGCAGCUGUCAGACAGUGGAGUGUACACAUGCGAUGCCUUCAGUGAUGAAAUUCACUUCACGCUGCAGGUCAAAGCGGCUCCCAUCACGUUUGAACGCAAACAGGAAAAGCCAGAGGAUGUGUUUGCCACAGAAACUGAAAACACGAUCAUGUCAGCAGUGUUGUCAAGUGAUAAAAGUCAGGUGAAGUGGUUCCGUCACCAAAGCCAGAUCUUUGACAGCGAGAAGUACGAGAUGAGGGUGGAGGGUAGAGUUCACAGCCUCAUUGUGAAGAACACGUCCAAGGAAGACUGCGGCAUGUAUACCUGCGUCUCUCAGGACGAUCAAAUGGCGUUUGUCGUCAGUGUGAAAGAGCUGAAGUUGAAUUUUGUCCGAAGUUUGGAAGAGGUCUACGCUUACAAAGAUGACACAAUCAUUCUACGUUGUGAACUCUGCAAACCGAAGGGAGAUGUCCAGUGGCAGAAAGAUGGCCAAAAGAUCAGGCCCAGCAGAUAUCUUGUUAUCAAUGCCGACGGUCGCGAGCACUCACUGACCAUUCACCAUGCUACAGGCAACGACACUGGGGAGUACGUCUGUGAAUCCAAAGAUGACAAGACAUGUGCCAGAGUUACUGUGGAGAUGCCUCGGGUGGUGGAGGUCAUCUCAGAACUGCACAACAUCACCGUGCUGGAAGGGGAAGACGCCACAUUGAAGUGCGUUGUGUCACCAGAAGAUGCCGAGCUGGUGUGGCACAGGAACGGCAAUGUGGUUGUUCCAGAUGACAAGUUUGUGGUGUCCAGAAACGGGCUGUGUCACACACUGACUAUCCGAGACUGCCAGCUUACAGACAGCUCCAAGGUGACGGCUGAGGCUGAGGGGGUGGUGUCGGAGGCCAACCUUCAGGUUCAGGAAGCACAGGUCCUGUUCACAAAGAAGAUGGAAACCGUGAUUGCAGAGGAGCAUGGGGAGGCCAUGCUGGAAGUGGAGGUCAGUGUGGAAUCAGGGGAGGUCCAGUGGAUGAGACAGGGUGUGGUCAUCCAGCCCAGCCCCAAAUUCACACUGAGUGCGAAAGGGAGGAAGCGCAGCCUCACUGUCCACAACCUCACCUUCUCAGACCGGGGCAUCUUCCGCUGUGAGACACUACAUGACCGGACACAGGGCAAGCUCAACGUGGAGCCCAGGAAAAUCUCAAUUAAGAAAGGCCUGACUGAUACGGAAACGUUAGAGCGGGACACGACCUCAUUUGAGGUGGAAGUCUCGCACGUGGAUGUGCAGGGGGUGUGGCAGAAGGACGGGAUCCGCAUCAAACCCAACAAUAACUGGAGAGUCAGCACACACGAGAGGAUGCAUGCACUCACCAUGUCCAAUCUCACACUGGAGGACAGCGGCACCAUCACCUUCAGUGCAGAGAGCGUGAGAACAUCAGCGAGACUCACUGUGAAAGAACCCCCAGUGAUGUUCCUGAGAGCCCUUGAGGAUCUCCGGAUAGCUGAAAGUUCUGGAGCAUCGUUUGAGUGUGAGCUGUCUAGGCAGAAUGCAGAUGUUAAGUGGUUAAAGAACGGAGAGGAGCUGAAACCAGGGAAGAACUAUCGCAUCUACUCAAUGGGGAGGAAGCGGUUUCUUCAGAUAACGAAGUGCGGGAGCGCAGAUUCAGGGACUUACACCUGCGACGCUGUGGACAACAAAGUGACCGCUGUCUUGGAAGUCUACGAGCGGGAGGUGAAGAUAGUGCAAGGACUGCAGGAUGCUGCUAUCCAGGAGGACGAGAACGCUGUGUUUAUGUGCGAGGUGUCAGUGGAGAAUGUGAAGGGAGAGUGGCUCAGAAACGGGGAGAAAAUCAAGCCCACCAGCACCAUCAGAAUUCGUCAGGAAGGGAAUAAGCACUUCCUCCUGAUUUGCAAUGUGAAGACAGAGGAUUCUGGGAAGAUUACAUUUGUUGCUAAACAAGCAGAAUCCACAGCAAACCUAGAAGUGGAAGAGCUCCCAGUGCAGAUUGUGAAGCCCCUGCGUGAUAAGACCGCCCUGGAAAAGCACCGUGUGAUCCUGGAGUGCACCGUGUCGAACCCGCGCUGCAGUGUGCGCUGGUACCAAGGAAAGACCCUCAUCCUGCCCUCAGACCAUUACGAGAUCUGCAGCGAGGGCUGCUACCGCAAAUUGGUCAUCCGGCAGGUCACUGCCAUGGAUGAGGGAACUUACAGUGUCCAGGUUGGGGAGCAUGAGUCCUCUGCGCGCCUGUUAGUGGAAGGUUGAUUGUCCCUAAAUGGACUAGAGAAGGAAAAGGAAAAAUACAGAAAACCUAGAGUUUCUCAUUUCUACUAAUUUCAACUACUAGAAUUUAUUGAACUUAUUCAAUAUUUUUUUUUUUUUUGGGGGGGGGGGCAAGGUUUGCUCUAAUUUGAGUCCAUGUAUUUUGUAUGAUUUAUUGCCUUCUGUUUCAGGCACACUGUAAAGGUGGGGAGCUAUGUGAUGCCAGUACAAUCAAUGCAAGUAGCAAAACUUGUAACAAACAAAAAUGGUAACAAUCCAUGUGUACAUCUCCUGUGGUGAGGAAAAACAAAAACACAUUUUUCUAAGGAGGGCUUUUCUUCAAAACAAAACUGUGUUGAUAUUUUUCAAGAUAACGGGCCCUAGUGGGUUGUGAAAAACAUCCAGUUAUAUAGAGUCCAUUUACAGUAUAAAAUACCAAUAAUGCUUUGGAAUUGAUAACAUUACAACAUGACUGUUAAGGCACUGCUACACUACAUAACUGCUGGCUACAUUUUAAAAGACAUGUUUGUUUAACAAAUACCAUCUUGACACUCCUGAAGCUCUAAUUUGGUUUUUACUCCUUGCUUCCACAAUACAGGACUUUUAAUGCAAUACAAAAAGAAUUAGCUUGUACAUUCAAUAGUGUACAAAUGCCAGGAGCAUGGCAAUUCUGCUAGUGUACUGGCAUUACGAGGCAGAUGGCAGCCAUAGUCAUGUUGCCUUAUACAGCAAAUGGUUCUGAGUUAUACAGAACUGCCAUUUAAUGGGGCAGCACAGCAUUUCGUGAUUAAUUAAAUGUUAAGGUUCAUCAUGAAUGUGUGUGGAACAUUCUGCUUUGGUUGAAUUCAGUUUAUGUGAUCUCAUACAUGAUUACUUUUUAUUAUUUACACUUAAUACUGUGUUCUCGCUUUACUGAACAUACUGUAGGUAUUAAGAGUAUUUGUUUCUUUCUCAUUGAUAUUUUAUAUGUUUGUAAUUUAUUAUCUAGGAAAAACACAGGAAAGGAUUUCUUAGUUCAUACUGGUGUGGGUUCUGGUUUGUUACACUGACUUCUUGUAAUAAUCUUUUCAACCCCUUGCCCUUUGACCUCUGUCUACUGUUACUCACUUCCACUCUUUUUUGUUGGCAGGAGCUGGGUUCUCUAAAUAAAGCAGCUGAAUACAAAAGAAGUGCCUGCUGUUAUUUAGCUCUUGUACAAUCAAAAUACAAUGAAACCUGAAUUAAGAGGCCACCAAAGGCACUGUGCAGUUUGGCUGCUUAAAACAAAUAAACCAUUUAACAGCUCUUAAACACAGAUUUUACAACUGUUGUUGUAAACAGCUUCUAGUCUUUCACAAAAUGAAAGCGAUACCGAACCUAGGAAUGUAAUAAAUGAAAUGACAUUGAGUGAAAUAACACAGGCUGAUCAGCAAAACUACUGACUACAUUACUUUGAAAUACACGACAGAGCAGGGCAAUAUCCAUCAAGUUGUUGUUCAGUGUUUUACUCAGUUUUGUUGCAGUCUUCAAUCCAUUUCUUUUUUGCACAUUGCUUCUAAACAAAAUAACAGAGGCAUUCAGACAAAAUGCAAGGUUGUAUGAUAUUUAUCAGAGUCCAUGUUCAAUACAGUAAAAUACAUUUAAUAAUAAUAUUAAUAAAACAAAAAAAAAAGUUCACAAUGAGGUUGUAACUGUUUUUUAAUUUAAACUCAGUGUUCCCAGUUAAAUAUAGUAUAUCCUAAAUAUUAAUUCCAAUUGUGUCUUGUGUUUAUAUUUUAAAUCCAAUUUCACAGAGGGGGCAUGUCUGUUUUUACAUGGGUAAUCAAGUACAAUAGGAAGCUACUAAACCAAACUACUGAGACCCAAAGAUGGAUUACUGAAAUCCAUAAAAAAACCAUACCAUUUUGAACACACUAAUAAAAACAAUUACGGAACAUUAAAAACAUCCAUACCCUUUAAUUCCUUGUUUGUACCAGCUCAUGUACAACACUGUAUGCUUUUUAUCAUAUGUAUUUGCCUUUUAUUAAACCCUGUAAUGCCCCAAGGCUUUGGGGGCAAUGCACCGACUGAAAAUUACAAGUUAGAUUUGAUGGGUAGGCUAGAAACUCGUACACAUUAAGGCAAUCGCACCUUGUGCUGAGUCGCCCAGGGGGAGCCAAUUAAAGAUUCUGUCUAGGGAGGUACAGAACUUGUAUAACACAAUUAAUACCUGUUCUGCGUUUGAUGACAGGGUUCAUUGAUUGAAAAAUGUACCCAAAUGUGUAACACAGGCAUUAUACAAGUAAAGAUGGGUGACUCUUUGCAGGAAGGCUGUUUUACUUGAUAACAUAACAGACAUAAGUAUUGAGCAAAAAAAAAAAAAAGGAUUUGUAGGGCAAUACAAGGGUAUGUAAAACAUGUUCCCUAGAAAACUUCCAUAUGGCACAAUGGCCAUGUUAGAUACAUUCUCUGCAGAUAAGACUACUUUCAAUAUAACAAUUUUCCUCAAAUUAGCGUGCCAUACCAAUUCCCAUACAAUGUGAAAUUUGAGCGUGUGCUGUUUUUCAUUGGCACUUUCACUGACCGCUACCUUUCAACCCAAUCAGCCAAUCUGUAGUAUAUUAGCGCCAUGAGAAAAUACUGAUUUUAAAUGAAUGGUAAUCAAGAAAAUUAGCUGUGUUUGUUAAUACUGAUAAUUUGUCGUGUUUGUCAAGUUUAUCACCGACAGCAGUUUGGUUAGGGAGCGUUCCAUUGUACAAAAUUCGCAGGCCAAGAUCCCAGUAUGGAGCUCUCGUCUAGUAUAUUUGCAGUUUUUAAAACAGUAAGUAGAAUGAAAAUGGCAUAUUAGUCAUUCAUUAACUGUGAUUUUUGUAUUUCUCUGGUAUUUAAUUUGUUUCAGUAUUUUUGUUCUGCUUGGUAACAUUUCUGCUGAUACUCCCAUUUCCAUGGGAACAGUCAAGGCAAGCGUAAAGGUUCUUCACAUCAAGCUCAACUCAAAGCAUCAGCGAUUAAUGUACAUCUUAGGAGGCUUUCACACCAGUCACGUAGUGUAAAAAGGAGGUGUCAAAUAGACUGUGUUCCCAUAUGCAAGAGUAUAAAAAAUAAACAUCAACAUGGUAAAUAAUUGUUUGUAUUAGUGUGUUCAAAAUAAAAUGGUAGAUACUGUAUUUUUUAAAUUGUGAAUGGUUGUUUCCAAGUAGGCUACAGGACUGCCGCUUUAAAAAAUAAUAAUAAUAAUAAUAAUAAUAAUAAUAAUAAUAAUAAUAAAUAAUAAUAAUAAACAGAUAGGUUUCAGGAACUAGAAGACAGAAAAACACAUAGAUAAACCUCUCGUUUAUCUACACUUUGCAGGACAUAAAAAGAUGUUUAACGGCAGUCUAGCAUAUUUCGUUUGGCAAAAUCUGCUUUUAUUUUUAACAGCUUACUUGGUGUGGGACAGGGGAAUAUAUGUUAGAAGGAUAUACCAGGGCACACGGUAUUGAGCAAAAAAGUUGCAAGUAAUCACAUGCAAGUAUUAUGUAAUCAUUAUUUUAUAGAGGGUGCAACCCUACUUUUUUUAUUUCAAUAAAUUAGCAAGCGCUGUAUACAUCAGCAACAGGUGGGAAGUGUUCAAACAAUGUUGUAAAUAAUUAUAAAGAUAGCAGUCAUUGUUUUGAGUGCACGUCUGUGUGUGUGCCAAAUGGGAAGGCACUAAACCUUCAACAGUCAUGAUGUACGGUACAGGGUGGCAACGACAGCACCACAAUGGCAGACUAAUGAAAUGUAUAAUGUAUACAAUUUUUUCUGCAAAAAAGACACUGAAUUUUAGUGAUCCUGAGAUAGUACUUCUAUCACAGUACUUAAUACUGAAGGAUACAAAAAUAUAAUGCUUUACUUUAAGAAAAUGCUGUUCAGUGACAGCGCUUCAGAUUGAUUGACACUUUUGCUGUGGAAGUAACCCAAUGCUGACGCUCUGAUGCAAAGUGCUUGGUGUGAAAAGACCAUCACUGAUGAAAGCCAAAUCUCAAAAUGCUACAAAAUGAAACCUACAACAGUAUACACACACACAUACACAGUUUACUUGUUUUAGUUUACUAGAAACAUUAAUACACCACUGAAAAAAAUACCAACUUAUUGAAUAUAUUCUAUGAAAGAACAUUUUGUUGUUUCUAUUCAUUUAUUUCUCUCUAUGCCUUGGAAUUAUUUUGAGUAUAGUGCUCACGGCGAUAAUAAAUGCAUAGUAUUAAAUAAAAUAUUUGGUUGGUUCUGCA